AUGGAAAUACCUGUAUCUGAUUUGUGUUUUGGAAUUACUUGUAAAGUUGAACAACCAAUGGGGUUGGAUGGUGUGGUCUGCAAAUCAUCAAAUGAAUUCAUAUCAAAUAAUUUCAACAUUGGGCUUGGAAACUACAUAAAAGCGGAAGAAUGUAAUUAUGAUAACACUACAGAUGACAGCCUAAUAGAUAAUAAGUUAGGAAUUUUACGAGAUAAUCAAUCGUUGUAUUUGGAGGAUAGUUUUAAACAUAAAUAUAAUUCUAAUGAUGGUCACGUUGUUAAUGCUCAUAACCGUAAUAAUGGUGGUACAACUUUUAAGCAACAUCGAAUUUCAUCAGUACGAGAUUCUGAAAAAGGAGUGAAACUGUCGUGUGGUUUUUGCAGCAAGACGUUUUCAACAAGAACUGGACAGGAUCGUCACAUUAAAAGCAUUCACAAAAGAAUAAAAUAUUCUUGUAUUCAAUGUGACAGAAAGUUUUCAGGUAAAUUCCAUUUAAUUGAACACAAGAAAGUUAUUCAUGAAGGUAUUAAUCUUUCAUGUGAUAUAUGUGACAGGAACUUCACUACGAAAUCCCAACUAACUAGACACAUAAAAUCAAUUCAUCAAGGAAUAAAAUAUCCAUGUAGUCAAUGUAACAAAAAGCUUUCUACGAAAUAUGAUUUAUAUGUACACAAAAAAGUUAUUCAUGAAGGAAUAAGACAUCCUUGUAAUCAAUGUGAUAGAAGGUUUGGAUCUAAAUCCAAAUUAAAUGAUCACAUAAAAGUUGCUCACGAAGGUGUAACUUUUCCAUGCGAUAAAUGUGGUAAAAUAUUCUCUUCGAAUGGCGCUCUUUGCAGACAUCUACAAUCCGUUCAUCAAGGAAUAAAAUAUCCAUGUAAUCAGUGUGACAGAUUGUAUACAUCAAGAUUUCAUUUAAAUGAACACUUGAGAGCUAGUCAUAAAGGUGUAAAAUUUACCUGUGAUCUAUGUAACAAAGAAUUUGCCUUUAAAGUAGGCUUAGAUGAACAUAAUAAGAGUAUUCAUGAAGGAAUAAAGUAUCCAUGUGAUCAAUGUAGUAAAACGUUUUCGUAUAAACGUAUGUUAAAUAACCACGUGAAGUCUAUUCAUAAAGGAAUAAAACUUACUUGUAAGCAAUGUGAUAGGAAGUUUAAUUGUAAAUCCAAUCUAAACGGACACGUGAGGUCUGCUCAUGAAGGUAUAUUUUUCCAAUGUGAUGAAUGUGAUAAGAAGUUCACUGCGAAAUCCCAACUAAAUAUACACAUACAAUCAAUUCAUCAAGGAGUGAGGUUUACUUGUGAAAAAUGUGGCAAAAAAUUUAAAAAACAGAGUACAUUAAAUGAUCAUGUUAAAGUUAUCCAUGAAGGAUUUAAAUAUCCCUGUCAGUUCUGUGGGCAACCAUUUUCAACAAAGAGCCAUAAGUUGUCUAUUUAUUUACUUAAUUAUGGUUGUUACUAUGGUGUGAUAAUCAAGUCUUUUUGCACCAUAUUCCAAAUGUGA